AUGGACGAUUUCACAAGAACUCUUUUAAGCGCUUACGAAGCACAGAUAGCAGGAAACUCUGCUGAUAUUGAAAAAUACUACUCAUUUAUCGAAGAAGCGCGUCAAAAUCCCAACAUUAUUCAGGCAAAUAUCUCUAUCUUACAACAAACAACAAAUUCAAAGAUAAAAUCAUUAGCAGCUAUCUCACUUUCUCAAAACAACUCCUUGCUUUCAGAAAAAUUCGAAAAUGAACAGAGAUUACAAAUUGGCAAUCAAAUUGUCGAAUUAAUAGCCAGAGAGCAAGAUUACCAAACACAAAGACAUCUUGGAAAUGCAUUCGAAACACUAGAUCUCGAUGAUAUCGCUCCAACAAUCAUAGAUUUCGCUCAAAACGCAAUCAAAGCAAUUUCUGAGAAUAACAAUCAAGAAAAUCAAGUUUUAAUGCAAGCUGCAUUACUUUUACUCCGAUCAAAAGCUCGUGAACUCCUUGAUUACUUACAAGUCCUUAAAGAUUCGAUUGAACUUGGUUUGCAACUUCCUCAGCCAAUCACAGCUUACGAGCUUGCGUUCAAUUUCGGCGAUCAGUGCUUGAACGAGCUCUACGAUGCAGCUGCUGAAGGAGAAGAAGCUCCGGAAGAAGAUGGAGACUUUGAUCCAGCACUUGAAGCCGUGAAAGAGUCAGAAGAAUGCACAUUCUUCAAGACAAUAUUCGAAAAUACACUACAAGCCCUUCAAGACAACAUAAAUAACAAUCAAAUUUUUGAUUCUCUUUAUAACCUCAUUAUGAGAGUUGUUGGUAGCGAGGAUCCAAUUAUAUUUGUCGAUCCUUUCCUUAUCAUCAACCAUUUCAUGCCAUUUAUCGGUAGUUCCGAAAUUAAUAUUUCUAUUCAAGUCAAAUUUGCCAAUUUAAUCAACCUUACAUUCCCUUAUGUAGGUGUGACAGAGAGUAUGAUGGAUUCAGAGCUUACAAAGUCACUUUUCAAUAAUUAUUUGGAUUUAUCCGGAGCAAUUUUCAAUGAAAAUCCAAACGAUAGCUUGACCAUGUCAGAAAUCAAUAUUUUCGAUGAUUUCAGUGAAGCUUUCAGUCAAUAUCCGGAUUUCAUCGAUCAUGUCAUCGAAAUCCACUCGGAAGUUGAAGAACAGCACUAUCCUGGUCUCCUUCUUACUUAUGCAAACCUUUUCGAGAACCAAGGAAACGAUUACGAGUCACAAAUUCCAAAUAUAGUCGAAUUGAUCCAGAUUUUAGCUCAAUCCGACGCCAUUCUUGCUCGUGAUAUUGCUUCUUAUGCGAUUGCACAGAUUCCAUUGACGUUCGGCACAUUACUUGAUGAUUAUAUCGAAGAUCUUACACAAGCAGGUCUUGCAGCAUUCCAGAAGUCAUUAGAAGACGAGUCCUCACCAGAAGCACUCAAUUCACUCAAUAAUUUGUUCAAAGAAGUCUCAGAUACCGAUCCAAUUUUUGUAGAUACUUAUUCUUUCUUAGUUUCAUGCUUAGAGUCAGUAGAUCAGCAUCUCCACAUGAAUAUUUUCGAAUGCAUUGUCUCUCUUAUCAGCCACGCAAGCAAAGGCGUCCCACAGAACUAUGAUGGAAUUAAAUCUCAGUUAUUCUCACUUUUGGAGACAUGUAUAUCUAACAAUACGUUCCUGAUCCCAUCCAUCGUUGAUUCUAUCUCGAAUAUGAGCCGCCAUUGCCCAGAUAGAUUUGCUGUAGACGUAAAUGGCUUUAUGGAGCUUAUUUUCCAGCUCCUUGACCAAGACGAUAAUGAUAUUCGUGUUGCCGCACUACAUUUCAUUGGAGCCAUGUCAAUGCGCUACAAAACUAAUUUCCAGGAGAAUUUCCCAGCACUUAUGGAGAAAUUACUUGAAAUGGGAAGCGUCGACACCAAUGCCAACCUCCAAGAAGAAGUCCAGCAAAGAAUCAACAUGAUGAACGAGAAUAUGACCUUCGAUUUGGAAGAGGAAGAUGAAGACGAUAAUGGCCGUGUAAAGUAUUCAAUUCUUGCCACCCCAGCUAUAGCUUUAUGCGAGUUAGCUGCACUUCUUAUGAAUUCUUCUCCAGAGAUCAUUGCCGAAUACGGUGAAAGAAUGAUCGAGAACUGCUCAGUUCAGAUGUCAUCAAGAUGUGCAGACGCAUUACAGACCGGAUGCCGCGCUCUGGCCUGUUUUACAGAGGUUAUAGGCAAGUACGAUGUCAAUGCACACGAAUGGUCGCCAAGAAUCAUCGACGAAGCACUCAAGAUUUUGGCAUUAGACCAGAAAGACCCAAUAUCGCCAUUUUCGGCCGUGGAAGUAUUAAUAUCCGUGGUCCAGAAUAUCAGCGCCAAGAGAAUUGGCGAAGAUUUAUCACAAAUCGUGAAUAAAGUCAGCAAUUUCAUGGCUAGUAAGCUUCCUUGCUGCAAAUACAUGGAAGAUCCCGAUCUUCUUGAUGGAUUCUCCAGAUUACUCCAAGCUUUGGUCACUGAAUAUGGAAAUGAAUCCGUAAAUCACAUUGGCCAGCUUAUUUCUCCAUCAUUACUAUGGCUUACAGGCAAGAAACCGAUAUUCAGACAAUUCGCGUUACCUGUUCUAGGUUGUUUCGUUGAAUUCGAUGGAAUUCACAUGAAUCCGGAUGAUUUGAGCGUUGUUUACCAAUACGCAUUAUCCAGAACAAUGAACAACGAUCCAACAGGUGUCUGGGUAUUGAACGAGUUCACAACAGGCGCUCAAGAGUAUUUCCAGCAGUUUGCGGAAGAAGUUUUUGGAGUUUUGAAAGGAAAACUUGAAUUGAAACCGAAAAGAGCCGAAUCAUUCAAGGAAUUCAUGCAGAGAGUUGUUUCCGUCAUUGGCGAAUUGCAGAGAAAUUAUUACGGUGAUAAUUUCGAAGUCAGUAAAGAACAACUUUCAAAAAUCCUCCAAAACAUGCCAUCAACAAUUGAUGAGAGCGAAAACUUCGGUGUUGCGAGAUUCUUCCUUUGGCUGUUCAACAAAUAUAAUAGCCUUGUAACAGAAGAAUUCGCUCGUGCUGGAAUCAGAUUUUUGAUGAUGAAUGAUGAUGAAAUCGGAGACCAACUUUUGACUGCAGAUUACUUCCCUCAGUUUGUUUCAACUGUUGGCCAGAUUUUGUCUUCAUUUUCAAACAGAGAUCAGCUCAUUUCUGAUGUAUGUGGCGAAAUCGAAGAGAAGAUUAAUCGUGUGAACUCAUUCUUCCAAUAA